ACAUUCCCAUUCGCGUAGUCGGCAACCGCCAAGUGCCAACCGACCAUUGCCAGUUGCCACAUUCACUCUAACCCUAACGCUGUAGCGGCACUCGUGACUUCCGAGUUACGAGUUUGUGACGAUUAACAAAUUUAUGGAUGUGCCUACGUAUACAGUAGAGUUUUCAAUUUUACCUUCACAGUUCGUGGAAUUAGACGAGAUGACGCUUGUGUUUUGAAUAUUUUCGUCUGACUCCCCUUGUCCCAGACUAUGUCUCCUCCGCUAGAUUGUCGGUGUUUCGACGAAUGGUCCACGAUACAGAUAAAUAUAUAGUCGGACCUCAGUAAGCUACGAGUACUACAAGUCAAGUACAUAUGGAGGUAAUUUAAUGACCGAAGUUAAAGAAGAAAUAGACCUAGAAAUACAAGUAGAGACGAUGCAGACCAAUCACAGCCGCAACUCUACCCUGAAAGUGAUCACUUUGGUGACGCUAACUCUUCAAAAUGCCAUGGUUGCACUCAGCAUGCGCUAUGCACGGACCCGGCCUGGAGACAUGUUCAUAUCAUCUACCGCUGUCGUCAUGGCCGAAGUGGUAAAACUCUCCGUUUGUCUGGUACUAGUAUAUCGAAUAGAGUCUCUGUCGUGGAAACAUUUUAUAUCAAUAUUGAAUAAUACAAUCAUUAAACAACCGAUGGACACGCUGAAAGUUUGUAUACCAUCUUUAGUAUAUCUGAUACAAAACAAUUUACUGUAUGUCUCCACUUCAAAUUUAGAUGCAGCUACUUAUCAAGUCACAUAUCAACUUAAAAUAUUUACGACAGCUGUGUUUUCUGUGUUGAUACUGAAACGUAAACUAUUGCGACAUCAAUGGAUUGCAUUAGUAAUUUUGAUUUUAGGUGUCAUUCUUGUUCAGCUAAAUAAUUCAACUGACAAAUCUCAAGAAACUUACCCUAAUCAAAAUCGAAUAGUCGGAUUAGUUGCUGCUCUCAUCGCUUGUUGCUUGUCUGGUUUUGCUGGGGUUUAUUUCGAAAAAAUAUUGAAAGGAGCUGAAAUAUCAAUAUGGAUGCGCAAUAUUCAAUUGAGUUUUGUUUCUAUCCCGAUAGGUUUUAUCGUGUGUUUUGUUACAGACUGGAAUAAAAUCAACGAAAAAGGCUUUUUUUUUGGUUAUGACCUUUACAUAGCCUAUUUGAUAAGCUUACAAGCAGCUGGGGGACUUAUUGUAGCAAUGGUUGUAAAAUAUGCUGAUAAUAUAUUAAAAGGUUUUGCUACUUCUUUAGCAAUUGUUGUAGCCUGUGUUUUCUCAAUGUACUUCUUUGAUUUUACAAUAAGCAUUCAGUUUGUUGUAGGCACAAUGCUUGUAAUGUGUUCAAUAUUUUUGUAUAGUUAUACCAAGCAAAAAAAAUUACCAAACUUAAAUACCACACAAAGAGCAUAAAAAAGCUAUACACUAAAAUUUUGAUAAUGUUUAAUGUAAGCAAACAACUUACAAAUAUAAGAAAAUUAAUUUUUUAUAGUAUGUUUGUGUAUUAAUAUAUUAUAAUCAUUGACGGUUUAUAUAAUUAUUAUAAGUUAUAACAAAUAUUUUAAAUGUUUUAUAGAAAAAUUAUGUUUUGUUUAAAUUACUUUCAAAUUGUACAAAUUUAGUAUUAUAAUUUAUAAUUUUUACCAUGCUUAAGUCAAAAAAUUAUAUUUUAAUAUACUAUAAUUGUUUUUUUAUAUAUACAUAACUUUAAUGUUAUACUCUAUUCAGAAUAAGAUUGAACCACUCGGCCGACCAAAAAAACGUUUUUUCUGCACAUUCCUGCCACAAUCCGGACAUCGGUGAGAGCGUUAGCACAGGCGCUGAUGACAGCUGGUGAUGACUGUCGGCCACGGAACGCAUAGCCAUCACAUGGGGGUCUGGUACUGUUCAGCAGCUCAGUCUGCAUGUGUGAAGCGGUUCAAUCUUAAUCUGAAUAGAGUAUAGUAAUGAAAGUAAUAUAUAAAUUAAUUUUAAGAAUAAAAAAUGUAUAUAAACUAAUUCUAUUAAUAGCACAAUAAUGUAUUUGAUUAUAUUAUGGCUCAAAGAUUGUUUUCAUAUAUUUAUAUCUAUACCAAUUUACUAAACUUUUUAUAUUAAAUUGACUACCUACCACUAUUUAUUAAAUUAUCAUAUUAUAUUAUAGACAUAUGUCAUUAGUAAAUAUAUUCAUCUACUUAAGAAAAGUUGUUACUUAUUAGUUAUUAGUAUUACUGUUAUUUUAUGAGUUAUGCUCAUGAUUUAUGAAUGUAUCUUUACAUCACUUAAUAUUUAUAACAGUUUGUUUUCUUCAGAAUCUUUUUACUUCAACAUUAUAAUUUAUGAUUACCAACUCCAUAAAUCAUUAUAUAAUUAACAUAAAUAUUAUAAUACUUGUAUUCUGUAUCUAUUAAUUGAAAACCUCUUGCAAUAAAAUAUAUUAUUUUUUUCUAUAAAAACAAAACAGAAUGAAAUUAACUACUGCACCAGUAUAAUUUUGCAUGAUCUAUUUGACUACAGACACUAUAUUUUUGGGUAUUGGAACAAUUUGUAUAAUGUGAAUUUAUUGGAAUGACGAUAGACAGUAAUCAACAAUGCAUUAAUUUUGUAAUAAUAUGAAUAUUGAAAACAAUUUGCAUAAAAAAUAUUUUAAAACAUGUAUUUAAUUUAUACAUAGGGUAUAAUAUUGUCAUCACAUUGUUAAUAGCCUAUAAUACUUACCUAUUUUAAAUCCUCAAAUAUGUAUAAUAUUGUAUUAUAUUACAAAUUAUUUUGACUAACCUGGUGUUAAUUUUUAAAAAUGGACAUUUUUAAAUCUGUUUAAUGUGGUGGAAAGAUAGGUUUUGAAGGAUACACUUUUAUAUUGCAAAGUUUAAGGACAAAAUGGAAACAGGGACUAAACUUGUGUGUAUAAGAAAUACCUAGUAACUUUUUUUUACAGUUUUUUCUUCAUUAAUUGAAAAAUUAUUUGAUGUUACAUUGGGAAAUAGAUAGAUAAUAAUUUUAAAUAUUAAUAAUAAUUAUUAUU